ACGAGUUAAUAUUAUGAAUGAAUAUAAGCCCGCGGUUCUGUUAUCUCUUAUCAGUGUUAUUAGCAAUAGCCGACGGAGCAACUGUGAGCAGAUAAAAGUAUACAUUUCAACAAGUAAUUCAAAAUGCCUUGCUGCAAAGUGACCAUCAAUAAGAACCGCAGUUGUGACAUGAAAUGUGACAAGGCGGGAUGCUUCUGCAUUCCAACUGACGGUAGAACUUGCGUCUGCGUGUGUCUGGACGCUAAGGACAACAUCGUACGAUGUGACAACUGUAAAUGUGACGAAUCUUCAUGCAAAUGUGAGCUGAAAAAUUGCGUAUGCAUUCCAACUGGGGGAGCGGAUUGCAUUUGUGUGUGCCGUGACGCUGAAGGAAAGUUCAUACGCUGUGACGAUUGCUCAUGCUCGCCUAACGCUUCUGAACUUACUGGAAAAGAUGAGCAACAUUGCAGCAAAGCUGAAUGUAAAUGCAUUCCAACUUUAGGCAAAAAAUGCAUAUGCGUCUGCCAAGAUUCUGACGGUAAGCUUGUGCGGUGUGACAAUUGCAAGUGCGAUAAAUCUUCAAGCACAUGUAAUAUGUCUGGAUGCGUUUGCAUUCCAACUGACGCGGCUGAAUGUAUUUGCGUAUGCCGCGAUGAAAAAGGUGGAUUCAAGCUUUGUGGUGAUUGUAUUUGCUCUUCAGACGCUAAAGAAGAAUCGGGAAAAUGUAACAAAGUGGGUUGUGUAUGCAUUCCAACAGAUGGAAAGGAUUGCAUUUGUAUUUGUCUGAAUUCUGAAGGCAAAAUAGUCCGUUGCGAUGACUGUCAAUGUAUAGAUACUCCCAAGAAAUGCGAUAAAUCGGGAUGCAUUUGCAUUCCCACUGACGGAGCUAAAUGUAUUUGCGUAUGCCGGGAUGAAAUGGGUGGAUUCAAACGUUGUGAUGACUGCGUUUGCGUAUCAGACUCUAAAGAAGUAUCUGGAAAAUGUGACAAAGAAGGCUGUGAAUGCAUUCCAACAGACGGAAAGGAAUGCAUUUGUAUUUGUAUGAACAGUGAAGGUAAAAUAAUACGCUGUGACGAUUGCCAAUGCGAAAAAUCUGCAAAUGAAUCCGAAUUGAAGAUCUGUGGAGAUUGCAAGUGUGAAAAUUCAUCUAGUAAAUGUGAUGAGUUAGGAUGCGUUUGCAUUUUAACUGGUGGAGCCAAAUGCGUUUGCGUAUGUCGCGAUGAAAACGGCGGAUUUAAGAUAUGCGAUGAUUGUACCUGCACUGAUGAUGAAAAACAUAACGAAGAUAAAGGAAAAGAAGAUGAAGCAUGUUGCUCUACUUCGUCUAAGAGCAAGUGUUGCUGAUUU